GUCUCUGAGGUCACGAGCGUUUUGAGUUUUUAAUCAGUCUGCUAAUGACCAUGUCAGUACCGCGAGACGGUAGCGGAGGACGUUUAAACCACUGCGGCGCAAAGAGACGUGAUUAAGUGCUUUACAGUCAAGACGGGACAUACAGGUGUCCGGCGCCGAUGCACAGAUAAUGGGCGACUCGUGCUCGCAGAAACUGGGCUCCGUUAAACAUCUCCGACUGUUGUUGCUCAUCCUCAUUCCGUGCAUCUGUGGUCUCAUUUGCUUAUUAGUCAUCUUGCUCGCUUUCACAGGAAUAAUCGGGAAUGGCCUCCUGGAGUCCAGUGAUUCCAAUACCAUCUCAGGCACUAAGGUCACCAUGGAGACCAACACUGCAUUCACUGCCAUGGCCGGUGGUGUUAACGGGACAGUGGUGCCUCAGACAACAGCUGGAGCAGAACCUUACACCCAGCAGGUUGCCCUGACGUCCAGUGGGCAGCGUGACCCAACGAGCAGAGACACUGCGCGUUGGAUGCCUUUUUUAUACAACGCUUCCUCUCCUUCAUCAUCAUCACUGAGCCCUCCCCCUACCCAGGCCACGCCCUCCACCACACAGCCUCCCGAUUGGUUUGCAGCCUUCUCCACAGCAAACUCCAUGGUGACCCUGUCAAGCAUGACUGUGGAGCCCACCAGUGUGAGCCCGGACCCAGGUACGUGUUCUGACAUCACUGAAAGCCAGUGUCACAUGUUGCCGUAUAACCAGAGUAGCCUGUUGUCGGGGACGACGGUGGUGAAGAGCAGUGAGUUGGAUAUGUUCCUCAAGUUCUUCAGCUACCUGAGUCGACUCAGCUGCUACAGACACAUCAUGCUGUUCGGCUGCAGCCUUGCCCUGCCUCAGUGCAUCAGCACAGGACAACACAGGCGUUUGGUUUUGCCCUGUAUGUCAUUUUGUGAGGCGGCUAGAGAGGGUUGUGAACCAGUGCUGCAAAUGUUUAAUGCCUCUUGGCCUGACUUUCUGCGUUGCUCCCAGUUUACCAACAACACAGGACUGUCAGGAGACACAGUGCCUGUCUGCUAUACGCCACGACAUAUCAAAGGCAAACCCUCUGUAUGUGGAGGGAGUGAUAACUUCCUGUGUGCGACAGGAAUAUGUGUCCCCCGGAAACUAGUGUGUAAUGGCUACAAUGACUGUGAUGACUGGAGCGACGAAGCAGACUGCAGCUGUGCAGAUGAGGAAUUUCAGUGUGGGACAGGUCGUUGUUUGAACGUUGCUCUGCUGUGUGAUGGUUAUGAUGACUGUGGGGAUCUCAGUGACGAACAGAACUGUGUGUGUGACCCGUUAAAGGAGCACCGGUGUGGGGACGGCCGAUGUAUCAUCAGAGACUGGCUGUGUGAUGGAGACCAUGACUGCAUAGACAAGAGUGAUGAAGUCAACUGCUCAUGUAAGUCUCAGGGCCUACUGGAGUGCCGCAAUGGUCAGUGUAUUCCCAGUGCAUUCCGCUGUGACGGAGACGACGACUGUAAGGACGGAAGUGACGAGGAAAACUGUGUACAGCAACAGAAUCAGAGUUCAUGUACUCCAGGCCAACCCAGCUGCAUUUCCACCUCACAUCAACCAUGCUCACCUGGUUGUUAUGGAAACGCCUCAUGUGACCCUCGCAACGUGAACUGCAGUCGGUGUGAGCCCAUCUCUCUGGAGUUAUGUAUGAACCUGCCCUACAACAGCACCAGCUUCCCAAACUACCUGGGCCACCACUCCCAGAAGGAGAGCUCUGUCAGCUGGGAGUCCUCUCUCUUCCCCGCUCUGGUUCAGACCAACUGCUACAAAUACCUCAUGUUCUUCGCCUGCACCAUCCUCGUGCCCAAAUGCGACCCGGUCACCCAGCAGAAAGUGCCCCCCUGCAGGUCGCUGUGCAGGAGCUCUAAGGAGCGCUGUGAGUCUGUGCUGGGAAUUGUGGGAUUGCAGUGGCCAGAGGACACAGACUGUGCCCAGUUUCCUGAGGAGGGACAGGCAAACACUACCUGUCUGCUCCCAGACCCUGACGUGGACGAGUGUUCACCCAGUCACUUUAAGUGUCGCUCAGGAAGAUGCGUUCUGGCCUCCAAACGCUGCAACGGACACAUGGACUGUGACGAUGAUAGUGAUGAAGAGCACUGCGGUUGUAAGGAGAGAGGUUUGUGGGAAUGUCCUGGAAACAAAGCUUGUAUCAAACACUCCAUGAUCUGUGAUGGCUUUCCAGACUGCAGCCAACUGGAGGAUGAGAAAAACUGCUCGGUGUGUAAUGAUAAUGAACUGGAGUGUAAUAAUCACGAGUGUGUUCAUCGCACACUUUGGUGUGACGGCAGAAAGCACUGCUCCGACAGCUCGGAUGAGUGGAACUGCGUAUCUCUCUCUAACUCCACUCCCUCCGUGCUGAUGGUGUAUAAGACAGCCUCAGAGUACCAGGUGUGUGCAGACGAGUGGAACUCCCAGCUCAGCGGCCUGGCAUGCAGGCAAAUGGGUUUAGGUGUCUCUGCUGCCACAGUGGAGACAGUGUUGGAUGAACCUGGUCAGCCAGGCCGGAGACGCUGGCUGCAUGUUCACCCAGACUGGAGCCAACGCAACAGCUCAGCCCUGCAGGGCCUCCUGGAGAAGAGAGGACACUCUUGCCACUCCCGAAAAAAGGUUGCUCUUCGGUGCACCAAAGACGAGUGUGGCAGACGGCCAGCUGCGCGGAUGGUAAAACGGAUUUUAGGAGGUCGUACGAGUCGUCCGGGUCGUUGGCCGUGGCAGUGCUCUCUGCAGAGCGACCCUAGCGGGCACAUCUGCGGCUGCGUGCUGAUUGGCAGAAAAUGGGCACUGACUGUGGCACACUGCUUUGAGGGCCGUGAGAGUGCUGACGUGUGGAAGGUGGUCAUGGGUAUUAAUAACCUGGACCACCCAUCUCCGUUUAUGCAGACGCGGUAUGUGAAGAGCAUUAUCGUUCACUCUCGGUAUAACCGUGCCGUGGUGGACUAUGACAUCAGCGUGAUUGAGCUGGACAGUGAGAUAGAGGUAACCAGUUAUGUUCGACCGGUCUGUCUGCCCGACCGUGGUCAGGUGCCUAAACCCGACACUUACUGCUACAUCACCGGCUGGGGACAUAUGGGGAACAGAAUGCCUUUUAAGCUCCAGGAAGGGGAGGUGAGGAUCAUUUCUCUCUCCCAGUGUCAGUCUUAUUUUGAUAUGAAGACCAUCACCUCACGCAUGCUGUGUGCUGGAUAUGAAGCUGGCACCAUCGACUCCUGCAUGGGGGACAGUGGGGGUCCGCUGGUGUGUCGUGAAGGAGAUGGACGCUGGAGUCUGUACGGUUUAACGUCCUGGGGUUCCGUAUGCUUCUCCAAAGUCCUUGGCCCCGGUGUGUACGCUAACGUCACACACUUCACCGAGUGGAUCGAGAGACAGAUCUAUUUGCGCACCUUCAACCUCAUCUAGACGCAGAUACACACUCCUGCAAACACACACACACACCUAACACUUUGGGUCCUUGUGUAUGAAAAGGGGGCAGAACUCCUCUGCUAGUGCCUGAGCUGAAGAGUGUGUGGAAUAUUCACAGAGAAACGAGGGAUGAGUCAGUGUGUCUCUUCUGACUGAAGUGGAGAGAAAGGAUGAGUGUUUUUUUUUUCCUGAUCCUUCUCUCUGAUCAUUCCAAAAGGAAGAAGCAGCAGCUGACCUGCGAUAUGUUUAACAGGGUUGACUCUGUCAAGUUUUAGCACCCAAGGUCUUAGACACUCCUGUCUUCUUAAACUUCCUUAAAUCACCAGUCACAUAGGAGAGUGUGUUAUGUCCAUGAGGUGUGUGUCGCGAGAGAAGUCUGAAAAAGGGAGAGUUUCUUCACCCAUAAGUCGAACAAGCCGUUGAGAAUCAUUAAUGUCGAAGCUUUUUCUUGAUGACCAAACUCAUUGAAAUGUUAAAAUGUACUAGGUUCUUUCUCCCAGUAAAUGUGAGAGUGUGUUUGUGUUUGUGUGUGUGUGUGUGUGUGUGUGUGUGUAUGUGUGAGAGAGAAUGUAUUAUGGUCUUGCUCUGUGUUGUCAUCUGAUGGUCUGCCUUUCAUUCUCUCUCUCUCUCUUUCUCUCUCUCUCUGUCUGUCUGUGUGUGCGUAUGUGUGUAACUAUCCUUGUCCUUCCACAUGUCUCUGUCUGAAAGAGUCUGUCAUUUCCCCACCUCCACCUUUAUUUUUUUUUUCUUUGUCCAUGCCUCAGUGAGGGGACCUGAUAGAAUUAUAAUGUGUAUUUAACUGUUACACAUAUACACAAUACAACAUAUUCAAUACUACAAUGCCACAUUU